UAUCUCUUUGCGCCCUGUUCCUACUUGCGAGACUUUUCGUUGCUGAAUUUGGGGAACAGCAAACACUCACCGAGCCCUUCCCUCAAGAGCGCGGUUUUUUUUCUUGGUCAAAUGCUGCAUCAUAUUGUCAAGCAACCGCGCGCUUCUGUGCGUCAGGACUGCGGUACCAAAAUGCGAAACCGACAGGAUCGAAAUCGGAGGAUGUGGACCGUUCCGAUGAUGACCCUCGCCAUUCUUCUCGUUGCAACUGCGAACGACUUCCCAACGACCGCUGCCCUUCCAACAGACACAAAGGCGAGCGGCGCCUUAGAACGGCAAGCGGACGGACUUGGAGAUAUGAGCACGAGCGCAGAAACCGCGCCGCUCAAGCUUGGAAGACGGCUUGAUGCUGAUUCGGAAACAACUGCGUCGGACUCGAAUGCCGCCCCGCUUCAGUCCCCCGCACAGCAGCUCUGCACUAUGCGGGUCUAUGCGAUGGGCCGUGAUGGAGAAAACCAAGAGUUGUACGGCAAGUACGCGCCCUCCCUCUUCGGGCCCGCUAUCCUCGGCUCUAAUCUUCCCGGCGUUCUUGUCAACCUGGGUCAGUUCGACCCGUGCAAGCCACUCCCGACGCAGUCCCGCUCAACUCAGUGGAUAGCUUUGCUGGGUAUCAGCAGUGCUUGUCCUAUUGCAACACAGGUUGCUCGAGCGGCAGAUGCCGGAGCGAGUGCUGCAUUGUAUGCAGUUACAUCAAUCCCACCUCAGGGUGCCGUAGAGCCAGAGGGUGGCACGGACGUCGGCGUUCGCGGAUAUGUAGUGUCUGGAGCCAUUUCGUCCGGCACUCGCCUCGCCUUGGUCGAUCUUCUCGGCAGCAGUAGCUCGAUCUGGGUUGUGCUCUAUCCGCCAGACUCAGAUGGACCCGAUUCAGCAGAUUCAGGUCUGAGCACAGCGACUGUUUGGGGGAUCAUCGUCGGUUGCAUUCUUGCGUUUGCCAUCGCGGCCGCAAUAAUCAGCUACUGGAGCACGCGCAACAUGCCUGCGAACGCCCACGGACAACAUCCCGAGACCAAAACGCUGACCCAAGAACAAGUCAAUAGUCUCCCAACACGAACAUUCCAAGCACCGAAGAAAGCAACGGCGUCGCGGGCGCUCGACGCUUCAGGCCCAGUGUCUCGUGGACAACAAGGAACGGAGCGAGGGGCAGUCGACGCCGAUUCCCAAGAGACCGCCCCUCCUACCGCAGAUCAAGUGUCGCUAGCUUCAACUGUGUGCGAAGAAACGUGCGUCAUAUGCCUGGAUGACUUUAAGGAAGGAGACACGCUCCGCUGUCUUCCUUGCUCCCACGACUUUCACCAAAACUGCGUCGAUCAAUGGCUGCUCACGAAAAAUCGCGCCUGUCCGCUGUGUCGCUCGCAGCCGUUUGCCGAGACCUUGAGUGACAAUAGCUCACAGAGUGACGACCUUGAACUGGUGCUGUCUCCGUCUGCCGAGCAAUCACCAGAGCGGCAAACGCGGAUUGAGGCUUCGCUCGAUGCGGCAGUGUCCGAGGCCAUUGUCUUGUUUCAAGAGGCCACGCAGCUACACGAACGGCCAAUGCGGCACACUGGAGGUCAACAUGCAGAUGUUACCGCAGUAGCCAGUCUCAAUGAUGGUACGCAGCACUCCGGCAGCUCUUUGAGUACUCGGCGACCGCAAAUGUCGUUGCUCCACGUUUGGAAUGCAAGGCGGGCUAGUUCGACAGUGCUGCGAGCGUCGCAGCUCCUUCCUCCAAUCUCACCUCUAACCCCAACAAAGAUACUGCAAAGCAUUCGGUUUGACUCGCCCGCCGUCUCUGCCAAGCGUCGAUUCAGCACCAACAGUUGCGCGAUACUUGGUGUUGCUCCCCCCUCGUCCACUUUGGGGAAAGAGUCCGCGCCCAAUGUACGAAGGUGCGUCACUCCGGUGGCCACGCAAGAAGGUUGAUAUUAUUUUGGUUGGUGCUCUACCUUGUGUGUUUGUUGCAGCCUAAUCUUUUCAAUGCUGGUUUGUUGUUUUAUAUUUUGUUUUUUGUUGUUUUUGUUGUUUUUUGUUGUUUUUUGUCUCUUGGAAUGAUGAGAGUGUUGAAGGUCCAA